UCAUUCCAGUACUCUGGCCUGGAGAAUUCCAUGGAAGAAGUCCAUGGGGUCGCAAAGAGUCGGACACAAUUGAGCAACUUUCAGGUAACUUCACUCAUGGGUAUUUAUCAUGUAAGUAUCAUUUUAGCUGAAGGAAGAAGUGAAGUGUGGGUACAUUAUUUUUUUUAAUCUUACGGAGGAGGAAAUGAGUUAACGCUUUCGACCUGGCGGUCAGAAAGCGAAGCAAAGGUAGUUCCAGUCAUCUGGGAUUGAGGGACAGAUUGCGGGCGCGGAUGAAACGCGCGCUGGAGAGAGGGGGGAGCGCGCGGCUCGCACACAAAGGCGAGGAGUUCCCAGGCCUCCCGCGGCCCUGCCCGGGGACACCGCAGCGGCGCGCCAGCUGCCUGGCCCCUCUGCUGGAGGCUGGGAGAAGUUAGUCACCCGAAACCCUAGCCUAGCGGGCAUCCGAAAGCGACAGCGAAGAGUCUGGGGAAUGUGAAGGGAGGAGAUUGGUACCGGGAGCGCAGGGCGAGGGGGUGCACAGGAAGCCGAAAGCCCUUGGCUGGUGGAUGCUGCUGCAAGGUCUGCGAGGCCGGCGCGCACCGGCCUGCAAAGAGAGGGGGGAAAAACUUGCGGCAGGAACUUCCUACCGAGGGAAAGAAAAGCAGGCGAGAAGGAGGCAGGGAGAGACUUGAAACGUCUCAGUAACUUGAAAAGCACACCAAAAACACCCUUUCUGGAGAUGAGGAUGGCAUGCCGCUAUAAAUUCAUUGUUCCACCUCCUCGCAUCUUCACAGCGCUCGCGCUGCUCUCGGCGCUCGCAGCGGCAGACUGGGGAUGACGGCGGGCAGGAAGACACUGCAUCCGAAGGGACCCAGACGCGCCGCUUCGCUGGCUUGCCGCAGGCCGCCCCUGGCAUUUUUGUUUUAGUUUUUCUGCCUUUUUUUCCUCUUCUUCCCUUCCGGCCGGUUCCAGUAGAGUCAAGGAGACCCCCAAAUAAGAAAGGAAGCCGGCUCCAGACCUGGGAGCCCCGCGGCCGGCGGGUCGGGAGCAGCAAGGAGCCUGGAGGAAAGCAUGCACCAGUCGCCCGCAUGGUGCGCGGCACCUUCCUGACUUUUCUUGGUGCCCCGAUCCUGGCCGUGUUUGGGUUUUCCCCCCUUUUCUAGUACUUGCUGAAUAUCCGCAACCCGGCUUUUUUUGUUUUUUUUUUCCUUUUCUUUCUUUCCUCUUCUUUCCGGAGCCCGAAUCCAAACAUUUUCCAAAGCAACAAAGAAAAGUUCGCACGCUGGCAUCGCGGCCGGGACAGGCUGGCGCUGCUACCGGGUUCCCCCUCCCUCCGACACUAGAUUCAACCUUGCAAGCAAGUGUGUGUGUAUCCCCACCUCCCGCCCCGGUAACUUCCUGAGCUAUUAACAAAUAACCCACCAAGUGUCCCCUGGCGCGCAGCCCCUCCCCGCGGGCAGCGCACUAUGCUGCUCGGGUGGGCGUCCCUGAUGCUGUGCGCGCUCCGCCUGCCCCCGGUGGCUGCCGGCCCCGCAGCGGCACCUGCCCAGGAUAAAGCUGGGCAGCCUCGGGCUGCUGCUGUGGCUACGGCCGCCCAGCCCCGCGGGUGGCGGGGGGAGGAGGCGCAGGAGCCAGCCGAGCCUCCGGGCCACCCGCACCCCCUGGCGCCGCAGCGCGGGAGCCGCGGGCUCGUGCAGAACAUCGACCAGCUCUACUCCGGCGGCGGCAAGGUGGGCUACCUCGUCUACGCGGGAGGUCGGCGGUUCCUCUUGGACUUAGAGAGGGACGAUUCGGUGGGCGCCGCUGGCUUGGUGCCCGCAGGAGGCGGACCGAACGCGACCCGGCGCCACCGGGGCCACUGCUUCUAUCGGGGCACGGUGGACGGCAGCCCGCGCUCGCUGGCGGUCUUUGACCUCUGCGGCGGCCUCGACGGCUUCUUCGCAGUCAAGCGCGCGCGCUACACCCUGCAGCCGCUGCUGCGCGGUCCCUGGGCAGAGGCGGAGGACGAUGCGCGCGUCUACGGGGACGGGUCCCCGCGGAUCCUGCACGUCUAUACCCGCGAGGGUUUCAGCUUUGAGGCUCUGCCUCCUCGCACCAGCUGCGAGACCCACGCGUCCCCGCCAGGCGCCCGCGAGCGCCCCCCGGCGCCCCGCCGCCAGGACGGACGCUGGGCUCUGGCCCCGCAGCAGCUCCCGGGCCAGUCGGCUCCCUCGUCCGACGGGAGUCAAGGACCACGGACGUGGUGGCGGCGGCGGCGCCGCUCCAUCUCCCGGGCCCGCCAGGUGGAGUUGCUCCUGGUGGCCGACGCAUCCAUGGCGCGGAUGUACGGCCGGGGCCUCCAGCAUUACCUACUGACCCUGGCCUCCAUAGCCAACAAGCUGUACAGCCACGCCAGCAUCGAGAACCACAUCCGCCUGGUCGUGGUGAAGGUGGUGGUGCUGGGCGACAAGGACAAGAGCCUGGAGGUGAGCAAGAACGCGGCCACCACGCUCAAGAACUUCUGCAAGUGGCAGCACCAGCACAACCAGCUAGGGGAUGAUCACGAGGAGCACUAUGACGCGGCCAUCCUGUUUACUCGGGAGGAUUUAUGUGGGCAUCAUUCAUGCGACACCCUGGGAAUGGCAGACGUUGGGACCAUAUGCUCUCCUGAGCGCAGCUGUGCGGUGAUUGAAGACGAUGGCCUCCAUGCAGCCUUCACCGUGGCUCACGAAAUUGGACAUCUGCUUGGCCUCUCCCAUGACGAUUCCAAAUUCUGUGAAGAAAAUUUCGGCUCCACGGAAGAUAAGCGCUUAAUGUCUUCCAUCCUAACCAGCAUUGACGCAUCCAAACCCUGGUCCAAAUGCACCUCAGCCACCAUCACAGAAUUUCUGGAUGAUGGCCACGGUAACUGUUUGCUGGACCUACCACGCAAACAGAUUCCAGGGCCUGAGGAGCUCCCGGGCCAGACCUACGAUGCCAGCCAGCAGUGCAACCUGACCUUCGGACCAGAGUACUCGGUGUGUCCGGGCAUGGACGUGUGUGCCCGUCUCUGGUGUGCCGUGGUGCGCCAGGGCCAAAUGGUGUGUCUGACCAAGAAGCUGCCGGCCGUGGAAGGAACACCAUGUGGGAAAGGGAGGAUCUGCCUGCAGGGCAAGUGUGUGGACAAAACCAAGAAAAAAUAUUACUCGACAUCAAGCCACGGCAACUGGGGGUCCUGGGGGUCCUGGGGCCAGUGUUCUCGCUCUUGUGGGGGCGGAGUGCAGUUUGCCUACCGCCACUGCAAUAACCCGGCACCCAGGAACAACGGCCGCUACUGCACAGGGAAGAGGGCUAUCUACCGCUCGUGCAGCGUCACGCCCUGCCCAGCUAACGGUAAAUCUUUUCGUCAUGAGCAGUGUGAGGCCAAAAAUGGAUAUCAGUCUGAUGCAAAAGGAGUCAAAACAUUUGUGGAAUGGGUUCCCAAAUAUGCUGGUGUCUUGCCCGGAGACGUGUGCAAACUGGCCUGCAGAGCUAAGGGCACUGGCUACUACGUGGUGUUUUCCCCAAAGGUGACCGAUGGAACAGAAUGCAGGCCAUAUAGCAAUUCCGUGUGUGUCCGGGGGAAGUGUGUGCGGACAGGCUGUGAUGGCAUCAUUGGCUCGAAGCUGCAGUAUGACAAGUGUGGCAUCUGUGGAGGAGACAACUCCAGUUGCACAAAGGUGGUUGGAACCUUCAAUAAAAAAAGUAAGGGUUACACUGAUGUCGUGAGGAUCCCCGAAGGGGCGACUCACAUAAAAGUCCGCCAGUUCAAGGCUAAAGACCAGACCAGAUUCACUGCCUACUUAGCCCUGAAGAAGAAAAACGGUGAGUACCUGAUCAACGGCAAGUACAUGAUCUCCACUUCGGAAACCAUCAUCGACAUUAACGGGACCGUUAUGAACUACAGCGGUUGGAGCCAUAGGGACGACUUCUUGCACGGGAUGGGCUACUCGGCCACCAAGGAAAUUCUCAUUGUGCAGAUUCUUGCCACAGACCCCACGAAAGCCCUUGAUGUCCGCUACAGUUUCUUCGUUCCCAAGAAGUCCGCUCCAAAAGCAAACUCUGUCACCAGCCAGGGCAGCAAUAAAGUGGGCUCGCCCACCCCGCAGCUGCAGUGGGUGACAGGCCCCUGGCUUGCCUGUUCACGAACCUGUGACACGGGCUGGCACACCAGGACGGUGCAGUGCCAGGACGGGAAUCGGAAGCUGGCGAAGGGAUGUCUCCUCUCGCAGAGGCCUUCCGCCUUUAAGCAGUGUUUGCUGAAGAAGUGUUAGCCCUGUGGUUACGACCGUCUGCCGGGACGACUGAAAGGAUGGCUCGUGGAUGCUGGCCUGGUGAACACAGGGUGCACCUAAAGUGCAGAAAGUCACACCCUGCGGUGUCAUUGUCAACGAGGAGUCCAAUUAUGGGCAGAAUCUGCCCUCAGCGACCAAAAUGAAGGUGUUCACUGCUUCGUGGGACAGUGGUGACCUUGGAACGUGGAAACACUUGCGAGUUCUUGAACAUCCCCUGGGCCGAGGAGAUUGCAGAAACACGGAUGAAUGUAGAAUCAGGGGACAUUCGAAGAUGGCAGAGCAGUCUCUCCCUCGUCACCUACCUCUUAUAGAAUGUCUUCAAAGGCAUCAUAAUCAUUUUCAUGCAUAUUAUUUACACAGCAGCUUAUUUUUAUUGUUUGUAAAUACAUUCUUCCUUGGUAUGUCACUUUAUAUCACUUGGUUCUAUUAAAAUAUAUAUAUAUAUAUUUCUAUAAAAAAAAAGUAUUUGACCAAAGUAGGUCUGCAGCUAUUUCCACUCUUUCCAGUUUCCAGAAAGAGCUGUGGAUGUUUUACUGGAAAUUAAGAACUUGCUGCUGUUUUAAAAAGAGUUAGUUAUACGUUCAGACUACGGGAGAUAUAAUUUUUGUCAUAAACCAUUUUGACAGCAAGCAUCUUCUGAGAAAUUCUGAAAAGAAAAAAAGGUCUCAGUGUAUCUAGUCAUUUAAAUAUACGCAGGGGUCCAUUUAUUUAAAUCACUAACUGCCUGUAUUUUUUCAGGCAGCCAGACAAAUUAAUGUAUCAUGAGGAGGUAGGAGAAGUGUUUGUGUGUGCAUCAGUAUUCAAAGGUCUGAAAAUUAAUUUCCUCCUGUUAGAAUUUAAAAGUAAAAACAAACAAACAGAAAAUACCUGCUUCACCAUAUUUUCAAGUUAUAUUUUCACAACUGCUUUCUCUCUCUGUGGCUCCUAUCUGAUAUCUCACAAUAUGUCAUAUCCAUACAGAACACACAGCAAAGUUUUCAAUCACGUACAACACUGGUAUACCUCUUACCAGCAAGCCUUUAUAGUACGUUUUGUUUCCGCUCGUUUGUUUGCUUUGUUCAAGGGUUCUGAACCUAUGAUGUUUUGGACUUGUUGACGUGGUAGUCAGCCACAUGUAGAAGUGGUUAUCAUUAAUGUGGCUAGUGCAAAAAAAAAAAAAAAGAAAAAGGUUAAUAUUAACAAGACUGUUUCCACACCAUGGGCAAUAAUUCUUUGCAUUAUUUUUUAAAUCCAAGUAUACUGAUACUGUUAAGAUUGUUCCCAGUUAGGAAGCAUUUGGUUGUACCAGUGAGUGAUGAAAUGUGAUGGCCUUUGCAAAGUUUGCUCUUAUUUCCAUAGCCUGUUUAGGUAGAUUGUGAGUUGGAAUAGUUAGACAUGAAAAAUUUUUCCAGUUACCUGCAUAGAAACUUCAUAGGCAAUAAACCACAUCCCUCUAUGCCAUGGUUCAGAAAAACUAAAAUAUUUUAUUUUAUUUGGUUUUUCUUUGUGAAAUAGCACAAACAAUUUGCUUUUAUGAAAUUUUCUAAUAAUCCUACCAAAUGUGCCCUAUUAUUAGAGAUUUGCUUAUAAGGAUAUUAGGGAACUACUAUUUGAGUUUUCUUAAGCUCAUGAGAGUUUAUUUUUGUCAUAACAUAUUUUUAAUAUAAAAGAAUUAUGUAAUUGAUCUUGCUAUAGCACAUUCAUUUCAGUAGACCAAGGAAAUGAAUGUCUCUGUGUUUCAAGUAUUUUCUCAAGAAAUCAAAAGUGUUAACCAUCUUUUGGGUUUUUGUAGGCUGACUUUGCUUUAGACGUGGUCCUUUUUCAUAAUCAAGAAACAGUGAGAUAAUGGAGGCCUGUACAAGACUGGUAACCUCCAUUUGAUGAAGGUACCAGAUUUGAGGCACUGAAAGCAAAGCUGUUCACAUCAGUAGAAAAAAAUAAAAAUAACACUGAUCAUUUGACUAUGCCGAGAGAAUUAACAGACCAGCUUUACUUUUUCCAAUAUUCAAAAUAACUUGAAUCAAGUAAUUCAGCUAUGGCAAUUUUUUAAUCUUUUGUGGUUGUAUUGGCAGUAACAUUAAAAAAUAAUUGAAGAGCAAACGUGAUUGUCUCCUAUUCUGCUUCUCCAUACUGUAUUCAUAGAUUUUAAAAUAUGAUUUAUCAAUGAUUCCAAUUUUCCCCAAAUACCGAAGUUUUACACUUCUUGUAGGAGCAAUCCUAGAGACUUUAAAAUAAAUAAACCACUAUUCCAUGCUUCUAUCUAAGGGGCUUUUUUAGUUUUUUUUUUUUUUUUUCUUGCAUGGGUAUCAGUAGAUUGACUAAGGAAUGUAUGUCUAAACUCCUGAGAAAAUAUAAACUGGAAACUGAAAUUUAGAGAAAUGGAGUGUUGGAUAGACACAGAGAAUGAUGAGCAAAGGGAAAAUCCUCACUAUAUGCAAAGUAAUUUAGUUCAGUUUCAAGUUGUGUUAUGCCUUUAUUUUUUCCAUAGUUGCAUCUUGAAUUAAGAGUAUAAAUUUCCUAAAAAAAAAAAAAAAAAGAGUUUAAAAGAGUUUGUCU